AUACACAUCUCUCUCCUUCCAGAAAAUAAAGAGGCAUUGUUACAGUCAGGGCCAGCCCAUGGAUGAGGCAAGGUGAGGUGACUGCCUCAGAUGGCAGGAUCCACGGGGUGGGAGAUCCGGCCACCAAGGAAUGCGCCACCUGCUGCCAUGGCCACCUCUCAGCAAAUCGGAGGUGCUGCUAGACUCCUCCCACCCCUAGAUGGCAGGGGUUGCCCCCAGGGGUCUCCAGGGCUCUGCCCCCAGUGUGAUUCAUAGCAGGCUUGUUCACCUCCCCGCUGCAAUGGCCUUUGAUUCCCGCUUCAACCAUCAGAAAAGGUUGAUUUGAUUCCCGCCUUGUUCCCAAAGUAGAUCUUCAUUCCCCCUUGUUCCCUACAUAGAUUUUCACACAUACAUACCCAGUUCCUGAAGUAUAGAUCUUCACGUACCCCAUCUUCCCUGGUGGGGCAGGGGGUGCCAUUUUUUGGGUUCGUCUCAGGUGCCGAAAUGUCACGGGCUGGCCGUGAUUACAGUUCAAGAAUACAUCCCAGUCAGACAGAAGCAUUCAAGGCAGGUAUGGGGCAGGGUUGGCUAGUGGGUGAACCCUAGGGAAAGGUAAGAGGUGUUGCCUGGGAAGAGCCUCUGGGGCAGAAUAGAGAGAGCUGUAGGGCCGCGUUUGGCUCCAGGCCUGAGGUUCCCCGCUAUUCUGCAUAGGCUGCAGAGCUUAAAGAUUUAAGCCACCUGAUAAUUGAACAAAGCACAUGCAUUGCAUCUGAUCAAACUUGAAUAUUAGAAUUAUAGAAUUUUAGAGUUGGAAGGGACCCUGAGGAUCAUCUAGUCCAACCCCUUGCAAUGCAGGAAUACACAAUUGUCCCAUAUGGGGAUCGGACCUGCAACCUUGGCAUUAUCAGCACCAUGCUUUAACCAACUGAGCUAGAGAGACAAGCUUUGCAGGAUUCUUUCUGAACUGCUGUUGCAAAAGGACGUGGUAAUAAGGUGACGGCUAACUUUUAACACUGGUCCUAAAGGAUCUUCAUUGGCUCCCAGUGUGUUUCAGAACACAGUUCAAUGUGUUUUUGCUGACCUUUAAAGCCCUAAACCUCCUCGGCCCUGUAUACCUGAAGGAGCGUCUCCACCCCAAUCAUUUAGCCCGGACACUGAGGUCCAACGCUGAGGGUCUUCUGGCGGUUCCCUCACCACGAGAAGCGAAGUUACAGGGAACCAGGCAGUGGCGCCCACCCUGUGGAACACCCUCCCUUCAGAUGUCAAAGAGAUAAAGAACCAUAUAACUUUUAGAAGACAUCUGAAGGCAGCCCUGUAUCAGGAAGUUUUUAAAGUUUUGUUGUUUUAUUAUGUUUCGUUAUAUGCUGUAAGCUGCCCAGAGUGGCCUGGGAAACCCAGCCAGAUAGGCGGGGUAUAAAUACUAUUAUUAUUAUUAUUAUUAUUAUUAUUAUUAUUAUUAUUACCUCCUCUGAAAUGUGUUAAGUGCAUGCAAAACACUGAAGCAAUUUCACGUGAUCUGUUGCAUCUGUCCAGCACAUCUCUUAUAUGGAAGGUCUGACCAGGUAACAUUCACAGUUAGUGCAGCAAAAUGCCAGGAUGUUAAACCUGCAAGCAUUCUUUUUCUCUAAUAAGUACAGUAGAAGGCUUGGUUAUUUUUAGAGUUUUGCAGACUUACUCCUAACUGAGAUCCACUUUAAGUGCAGGAAAAUUGGUUUCAUUUUUCCCCCUUCCAUCCAUUAAUAACAAUUAAGUUUUAAAAUAAAUGCCUGCACAUAUCAUUAAAUUACACUUAAGUUACUUGGAAUUGACAAUUAACUCAGCAUGCUAAUACAUUAUCAUAACGUCAUGAUGACUUUGUCUCUCCUUUAAAAAAAUGAAGGGGGGGAGGAGGAUAUAUUUGUGGAAAGCUUGUAUUGUCACAUUUUCGUACUCAAUUGUUGGUGCUUUUCGUUGCCGCAUCUUAGCAAAAGUUUGCAUGAUGGAAACAGAAUUUGAUGCUGCUUGGACAUCAGUUCUGAUGAAAACCCUUGGACCUGAAGGCUUAAAAAGAAUGAAAGCGGGGUGGGAAACCUCCAACUUUGUUAGUUUAUCUCUUCUAGCACCAGCAAAGAGCCGCAGAUUUAUUGUGGCGUGAUCAGUGCGUGAGUGAUCAAUGUGUUGUGUCUUUAAAGGGCUUGUUGUUGAGGUGGCGCCAUAAAACAUAAAAGGAAUGUGGGGGAAAUCUUCAAAUUGAGGCUUCAAGGGCCCUCCAAGUUCUCGAGAAUGUGUAGAUCCAAUAUUUCAGGCAUGAUGAGAGCUCUGUGCCACUUGAAACCAGAACGUUGGGGAAAGGAACGCUCCAUUAUCACUCCUCAGAAUUGUAAGGAAAUAUAUAGUAGCAAUUGAAGAGGUCGAAACCUCUUUGUGUGCUCAAAAUGCAGAUAAAGAGUUAACGGUGGAGUCUUGCUUGAGCCACACUUUACUCCUCCCUCCUGCCUUCCCUUUCCACACUGACCAAUGAAUGCUGGCUUGCCGGGCCGAAUUUAAAUGUUACUAUGACAAUGAUCGCUUUUCCUCUCCUUCCCGCCCCCCCCCCCGGCUCCCAAAUUCCCGUGCAGCCAAUGGAAGCUGACCUUCCCCUGUCAAAGCAUGUCAGAAACAAUGCAAGCACCACUAGCCCUGUAAAGAGCAGGGAGGGGGAGGGAAAGGGGGACUUGGAGACUUUUUAUCUAAGGCAUUUCAUUGGAUUACCAUAUAUUGAGUUGUUAGAGCUGUAGUUAAAAUAGCGGUGGACUUACGGAUCUUUCCAAGAACCUGCAAUCACAGAGCCAGCUGUGCUCAGAGCAAAUGCCAGGACCGUGCUAUUAUAGGAGGAAGGGGAAAAACAGAAGAAUAAUGCAACAUAGUCUAUGCUAGAUAGCAAGUUGACUUAGUUGAUUGAUUUAGUAAUUCUUUAUUAUACCUGAUAAGUGUAAACUGAUUAAUUAUUAUUUGCUGAGAUUUAAUUUUACUGUUUACUAUUAGAUUCUAAUGCAUUACUGAAUAUUGCUUUGUUUGAUACAAAUUAUUUUUCUUAAAGUUAUUGGGACUUUUUUUCAAUUGGUUCAGAUUGUUAUUAUUAAUGUUUGACAGUUUCUUAUGUUUUUAUAUGUUUUGGAAGCUGCUCAGAGUGGCGGGGUAUAAAUAAAAAAACAACUUCUUCUUCUUCUUCUUCUUCUUCUUCUUCUUCUUCUUCUUCUUCUUCUUCUUCUUCUUCUUCUUCUUCUUCUUCUUCGUCCACCACCACCACCACCACAAAUACAUGCUAAGGUUACAUCUGCACCAUAUAUUUAAAACAGGAUGGUGUCAGUUUAAACAGUCAUUACUUCCCCCAAAGGAUUCUGGGAGCUGUAGUUUGUCAAGGGUGCUGAGAGUUGUUAGAAGACCCGUAUUCCACUCACAGAGCUUAUAUCAGGUCAGAGUAUUUCUCUAUUUCUAGCUCUGCGUUGUCUACUCUGAUUGUCAGAAGUUCUCCAGGGUUUGAACCAGAUGACCUGCUAUGUGAGAUCCAUCUUAACUUGAAAUGGCAGCGGUCGAAUUUAGUACCCUUUGCCUGCAAAAGACGCACUCUAGCCAUUUUUUUAAAAUUCAAGCCUAAAGUAAUAGAAUCAAAUUUAUUGAUAAGUUCUAAUUUUGUGUAUAUAGCUGCCUUGUUUGUACUCUGCCAACUCUGAAUAUCAGCAUGAACAAAAACAAAUCAGAAUACACGUUGUUUUCUUUCAAAAUGAUUUUUUUAAAAAAAGUAAUUAAGCCAUUUAAAUCAUUUUCUCCAAAUGUGAAUACUACGCUCAUCUCAAAUCAUAACAAGGUUAAUAUUAAAUAAGCCAGACAUAUGUAUAUGUAUGACAGCUCUACAGCUAAUCUCUAAAUUGAAUCAACCGUUCUACCAGAUAACAUCAAGUCAAAGGAGGCUUUUCUAUAUACCGUAAAUGAAGAACCAAUCUGAUCAUUUUGCAAGGACGAAUGUUUGCACUCUACAUACCAAAUGCUUGCCUUUCAUUUUCACCUAAUAAAAACAAACUGUUUUUGUCUGCCCAAUGCCCAUCAGACUUGGCUGCUACUUAUCACACCAGGGCACUUCAGUUUGGUUUGCUGUUUUGUUUUUAAAAGGUUUGCAGGCUGGGCCAAGGCAGAGUUGAGCAGGAAGACAAAUAGCAGAAAUCUAACCCUUCAGGGAAGAGCCAUGCCUCAGUGGUGGAGCAUUUGAUUUCUGUGCAGAAGACCCCCCCAAGAUCACAGAAUCACAGAACUGUAGAGUUGGAUGGGACCACGAGGAUCAUCUAAUGUAGGGAUAUUUUGCCCAACGUGGGGCUCGAACCCACAACCUUGAGAUUAAGAGCCUCAUGCUCUACCGACUGAGCUAUUUCAGCUAGACUAGAUAGGCCAAGUUCAAUUCACCAGGUAGGGCUGGGAGGGAACCUUGUCUGAAGUCAGGGAGAACUGCUGCUUCCAGUCAGCACAGAUAACACUUAAGCCAGAUGGAGCAACAGUUGUGACUUCCUCUGUUCUAUGCUCCUGUGUCUGAAAUCCUGGAGAGUUGAUACUGGAAGCUGCCUUAUACCAAGUCAGACCACUGGCCCACCCAGAUGAAUAUUGCAUACACUGACUGGCAAGUGGCUCUCUCCACUUGUGACACUCCCGGCCCUACCUGGAGAUGCUGGGAAAGGAGCCUGGGAUCUUCAACAUGCAAAGCAUGAGCUAUGGCUGUUCCCAGCCUGGUACCAGUCGGGGAGCUAUUAGAUAUGGACCAACUCAGAGCUACAAUUCCCAGGGUAGUUUAAUAGUCCAUCUCUCUUCCCAGGAAACCUUGAGAAUUGUAGCUCUGUGAAGGGAAUAGUGGGGGUCUCCAAACAGCUCCUACCACCCCAUAUGAUCCAACAAUUCUCCAAUGAAAAUAGGGAUAUCCUAUUCAUCAUCAACAACAUCAACAUCAUCAUUAUUAUUCCUACCCAGCCCAUCUGACUGAGUUGCCCCAGUCAGUCUAGACAGCUCCCAAUAUAUAAAAAUCAGAAUAAAACAUUAUACAUCUUUUUUUUAAAAAAAACCUCCCUUUACAGGGCUGCCUUCAGAUGUAUUCUAAAGGUUGAAUAGUUACUUAUCUUAUUGGCUUGGGGGGUGGGGUGGGUGGCAUAACUCCAGGUAUAGGGUGGUAUAAAAAUUCAAUAAAUAAAAUAAAAAAUGCCCUCCAGCAUUUCUCCAAUGAAAAUACGGACAUCCUACCAUACCCUUCAAUGUUUCUCUGAUUAAAAUAAAGAUGUUCUAAGGAAGAGUGGGGCAUUCAGGGACCAAAUCAGAAACCGGGAUGAUUUCUGUAAACCUGGGACUGUCCUUGGAAAAUAGGGACACUUGGGGGGUCUGCCACCCAUAAGCAACGGCAGUUCCCAGGAUUCUUUGGGGGAAGCCAUGACUCUAUGAUACUGCUUUAAAUGUGCAGUGCAGAUGGGGCCAUGGAGGCAACUAGAAUUGUGGUUAGGGUAGGCCUUGAUGCUGGGAAACAGUCUAAUCUUUUGUGUGUGUGUUGGAGUCCACAUUCCAUCUUUUACGAGAGAAUAUUCUCGCAGUGGCUCCUCUGACCGUUGAACCGGAAGCCAUUCAACCCCAGGCGAGGUUUACCCUCCACUCGCUCCGUGCUCCACUCUUGAUUACUAGCGAUGCUGAUGUGAAACACCAACUCGUUUAAAGAUUCUGAUUGAGUAUGGAGGGCCUAGGUAAAUGUAAUGUAUUGAAUGUGCGUAAAACAAUUAUGAGUCUUAUUAGCAAAAUUAGCGUGAGCAAAUUUACCAGAAAGAAACUGUUGCUGUUUAGCUCUCUAAUUACAUGUCACUAUUCUUUGAGCCUGGAAGACUUAAUGAAAGUAAUUUCAUUUACUCAUUCUGCAGAGAGAGAGAGAGAGAGAGAGAGAGAGAGAGAGAGAGAGAGAGAGAGAGAGAGAAGUUUCUGGGAGUUGCUGAAUAAUCAGGCAUUAUCCAGUUGUCUUAUGUUACCGAGUCAACAGAGGCCAAAUGGUCCGAAGACCUUUUGGAGAGAAUUUAAACUGUGCUCCAGGAAGAACAUUUAUGCACCCUUGGUAGGGGUAAAAUCCAUUAAUUAAAGGAGUGUUGCAGCAAGGUUGUGGGUACAAUUCACCCGGAGCAUCUUCACCAGAAGCUUUUCCUCCUCAACUUUGGAAUCCUAUAUACUGAUUGCAAGGUCAUUCUCAGAGGACAAAUUCUUAAAUGUAAUGAAAAGGACACCAUCCACUCCCGGGAGGGAGGUAACAGCAGGUUCAGAAGAACUGCUAGAUUUGCAGGAAUACAGAUAAUAGUUUUGAGGAAAACCUCUCGGGGGGGGGGGGGGAGCCCCAAACAGCAGAAGGUGAGGGAGAAACCUGAGGGAUUGGAAUGAUGCAACCUAUAAGAAGGCACGGCUGGCUGAUGUCUGAACAGGAACACUCCACCCUGUGACAUGUUGUUGGGGGUUCCACAUGCUCCUUCCUAAUAAAGUGUCGGUGGGAGAACUGACUUCCAAACGUAGAUAAACACUGGCCUGUUGUUACUAUCAAUGCCACCACUAUCUCCCACAACAGGCCUAUGCAUGCGUGCGCGCACACACAACCACACACAUGCAGCACACACACCAGUUUUGGGACUGUUUCUGGAGUUUUAGGAUGUUUGCUUAUCCACACUUUUGUGCAUUAAAAAAAGCAGUGAAUGCCAUUUGAAGCUUUGUUCCUUUUCUCAGCCAUGACUUGCUGUUUAAGAAUGUUAUUGUUUAGUCAUUUAGUCGUGUCCGACUCUUCAUGACCCCAUGGACCAGAGCACGCCAGGCACUCCUGUCUUCCACUGCCUCCCGCAGUUUGGUCAAACUCAUGUUCGUAGCUUCGAGAACACUGUCCAACCAUCUCGUCCUCUGUCGUCCCCUUCGCCUUGUGCCCUCAAUCUUUCCCAACAUCAGGGUCAAAGUAUUGGAGCCUCAGCUUCAGGAUCUGUCCUUCCAGUGAGCCUGUUUAAGAAUACUUUCUUCUUUUUAACAUUUCCCCUAGGAGUAAAAUUGCCUGGAGCCCGAGCUGUUUUUCAUCUGGUCUAGUCCAUUUCAUUGCUUAUUUUUUUGGGCCAUGUGCAUGCAGAAGGCCCUAUCUUGACUCUGUGAAUUCUCCAGUGAGGGCUGGAUAUCUCUCCUUUCUGAAAUCCUGGAAAGUAACCAACAGUCAGUAUAGACAAGGCUGAUUGAGCUAGAUAAUCCAAUAAGCUGACUCACUAUAAGGCAGCUUCCUGUGUUCGUGUUUGUUAAAGUGCACCCAAACACCUUGUUCCUGCUGAAACGGACCAAGAUGUUUAUUAUACCUCUGGAAGGUCUCGGCACAACAGGAGGUUUCCCCGCUGAUAUUACUCUUGAGGCUUGGCUCAAGGAACUUUUUAAAACAACUGGACUGGCAUGAACUGAUUCCCGCAUUGCAGGGGGUUGCGCUUGAUGGGGUCCCUUCCAACUCUACAAUUCAGUGAUGCAUUUCGGAAAAUAUGAAUUGUGAAUAUCAGGAACUUUUAGCACAUUUGAGUUAGCAGUCCCUUGAAAUAAAACUCUUAGCUCAGUGGGACUUAAGCCUCUUUUGUAGUAGUGAAUUCAUUUGACUAAGAGAUUAUCUCAUUGACUCUGUUAUCUCUUUCUCACAAAGAGCACAUCUUUUCUAAAUGGGAUUAGAAGCAUCCUGCAGAACCUGCCCCAAAGUUGACCUAACUGUUUUCUACCUUUUCCUCAGAACAUUCUGCCAGCAGAGAUUUUUUAAAUUCCAUCUUGCACAGAGAACCAGAACCAGGGACCUUAUGGGUCAAAGCACUGAUUUUCUGUCCCCUAUGAUGUUUGGCUUGGAAUCAGUUGCCAGCGAAAAUUAGACAAACCAGUUAGGCGAAAAGCUGUUUGCAGACUGAUCUUGUAGCUAGAGAGCAUUGAAUGUAAAUAGUCUGUAGCAGCGUGACAAUUUCUGCUACCUGUAAUAACAUUGUUAUGUUGCCUUCCUGACAUUCUCUGUAUCCAGGUUUUAGCUGCCAGUCUUUGCCAGAACUCUGGCCCAGGUAAUUGGUACCUACCUUGUAUUUUUCAGAAGCAUGUAUUAAGUGAAGCUACACUACCAAGUUUAAAGUCCUCAUGGCUACUAGAGGAACUAUGAGGAAUGUGGAAAGGUCAAGGCUGGGUUCAGAAGCAGGUGACCUAGACACCUAUCAAGGAAGACAUGCUUGUGUAAGGGUGUGUCAUUUUAGGGGAUGGGAGUUAAUUUCUGGACAUUUCUUUAGUGAGCAGUCUUAAAAGUGCGUUUUUUGGUUGUGAGGAGUUCGAAUCUGCUAUUAUUUUUGUGAUUGGACAAUAUUUAGCUUGGUAAAUAUACUUUAGAUUAAAAAGCACACAAACUGCUCUGAGAAAAGCAAAGAAUUCUGAUUUUACCUUCUGGAAAUGUCAGGUAAUGCUGUCAGACUUUUGGUUCCUCUGGGAUUACUAGGCUUGUAGGGUGUCUGAAGAGUGGGGCCAAAUUGUUGAACAAACGGUUGAUACUUGCUUUUGAAGCUUGUCAUAAACUCUAGCUGACUUCAGGCACUGAAAAGAAUAUGUGCCAGUUUUGAGCCCUGGCCCAGAUGUGGAACCUGGGAUCUCCUUGGGAGAAUCCCUGGUAGAGCUCUGCACUGCCACCAACCCUGAAUAACUGUUGGAUCUGGGGAACCAGUACAGGGAUGUUGAGAGUGGAGCUGUCCUGUGCCCCUACCCAGUUUGAGCCUUCAAAUGUUCUUCCGAGCACCAAGGGAGUCUCAUUUUCAAGGCUCAUCCAGGGAUCACAUAUUCUGACCAGGACUUUUGCCACAUCUUUAUGAUCUGCAGAUGUGCCACACAGAGUGUUGCGUACGGUAUGAAAGGAAAUUUAAGCCAUCUCUUAAGCAAAUAGCACGCUGAUCUUUAGAGCUUGAAGAGGAAGCCUAUGCUUUGUUAAACAAUGGUAUUCAAACAGCUAGUGCAGAAAAUCUUAUCCUAUCCAAAGACUUGUAAUAGAAUUAUGAAUCAAAAGACUAAACAAUGCAGUAUUUAUUUGGGCCACUAGCCAGGAAGAAGCUUUAAGGGCUUAUAUUAUUUAAUCUUAUGUGCAUUAACACUAUAAUAACAUCUGAACGCAGCUAGUUUUACACACUUAGCAUAACAGGCGUUGAUGAAAAUCGGUUGGAUUCAUGAAAGCAAACACUGACACUGCAGCCACUGAAGGUGAAAGGAGAAGAGGUGCCAAGAACACUUUAACCAAAAUUUAUCCAUGGAGAACUUCCACCUUGCAAUUUGGGAGGAGAGGGGAUGAAGGGCGACUCUAAUCUGCCUGCAAGGUCAAUUUUUUUCCCCUUGCCUGCACUCCUAUCAGUGGUUGUUUUUUAGCAUCUUCCCCAUUCCCAGAAGUAUUCCAUCCAAUGUUGAAAAAGGACUAUAGUCCAGUGGUACGACCAUCUUCUCUCUAUACAGUAAGUUCCAGGGUCAAUCACCAGCAUCUCCAAGUAGGGUUGAGAGACUCCUUGUCUGAAACCGUGGAGAGCCACUGCCGGUCAAUGUAGGCUAUACUGAACUAGUAGAACCUGGCCUGACAAUAUAAGGCAGGGCUUCCUAAUCUGCAUGUCAUCACAUGGCACUGUUCUGAAGGGACAUCAUUUGAUGCAAAAUUGUGGCCACGGCUUCCAAGAUAAGUGCUGCCACUCACAGAUUUGCCUGGAUUUUGCUCCUCCCUGCAAAUUUCCCAGAUGCCACAGCUGCAUUUUACCAUUUGCAAACAGGUUGGUGAUAUUUGGAGUUGGGGCAUCAUGAUCCACAGGGAAACCCACCAUGCAGAGGAAAGGAGAGGCAACACCCUUUGGAGGGAGACCAAAACAUGGGCUCAGGACCAUGGACAGUGCCCCUGCAGCUGAGGUCAAACAUCCAAGUUGUCUCAGCAAGAUCUUAGAAAAACUGGUUAAGGGGUGUGUGGGUGUUAAGCUAGGUAGGUUGGUGGCCUCACCACCUGAGUGCUCCCCUCUGAUCAGGUAAGGGGCUAAUGCAGGCAUCCCCAAACUUUGGCCUUCCAGAUGUUUUGGACUACAAUUCCCAUCUUCCCCAACCACUGGUCCUGUUAGCUAGGGAUCAUGGGAGUUGUAGGCCAAAACAGCUGGAGGGCCACAGUUUGAGGAUGCCUGGGCUAAUGCCUUCUGCAGCUGUUGUCUUCUUUGAGGUAAUGGAUUUCCCAUGAGGAUCUCUCCUCAGUUCUGUCUUGAUCUUGAAAAUGUUCAUGGACCAGCCAAAGUCUGGGAGCAGUUGUGUCUCCUUGGGGCUGAGGUAAAAAGGCAGGCUCUAGUACCCAUAGAUCUUGAGUAGAUCAGGGCAUGGCACUAUCUCACCCUCAAAGCUACCGUUGCUGGAGAACUCUUGCUUUUAAGAAGACUUGACUUGAAGUCAUGAUGUGAUGGUGUGGGUUCAAUGUGCAGAAGAGUACCUGGAGGUAAGUCAGAAGGCCAAUAGGCUGGAGGUUCAGAGGGAAGGGUUGUAACCAACUAUUUCAUACCCUACAUGGACCCCUUGAAAUUCAUAAAGAUAAAUGAGGCUGCAAUCCUGACCCCACUCAGGUUGGGGAAAGCUUGUAUAGGAGAUUCUUUGUUCAAGAUUAAAACCUCUCAUAUACAGAGAAAGGUCACAUGAUGAAAUGGACUGUGGUUGCCAGAUGCUGUAGCACUGCUGAAGCCAAGCAGGUGUGGAAGUGAUCAUUCUAGGAACCCCAUGUAAACGUUUGAUAGGCAAACAUACUAAAUUUUAGGGAAUUCAUUGUACUUUUCCUUCCAAGAGGAUGAAAGGGUGCUGGGUGUCCACAAGUUCUAGUGUUAUGAGAGAUAGAGAAGAGCUUAUCUCUAGCCAUUUACUCCAUUCCAUGCAUAAUUUUACAAAUUUCUAUCACGUCACCUCUUACUUUUCUCUAAACUAAAAAGUAUUCUCUAAGGACGUAGCCCCACUGAGCUAGGCGAGUAUUUAACUUGCAGCCCUGAAUACUAAAAACAACACAAAAACCCACACAUUUUUAUCCUAAAAGAAAGAAAGUAAGUAAGUCAAGGCCAUUAGGGUGAAAUCCAAACCCCCUUUGCCCCAAGAUGGAGGGUGUUGGAUUGAACCUCCAGGCUGGUGUAAUGAUUUGCCCGGCCCCUCCCCACCUUCUGCUCCAGUUGAAGUAGCAUACACAGCAGGGCUACAGGUGUUCCCACCUUUCUGUGGGGUAGUGGCCAUGGUUUGCAUGGUGGCGAUGGUUUGGGCUGUGCUCUUAAUUAUAUAAUAACAAAGAACCAACAGUGGAGGACAAGGAAAUGCAAGAAGGAAGAUGAUCUCAAAGGUUUAUGGAAAAUAGUGCAUUGGCCCAAUGUGCUUCAAGACAUUAUUUGAAAUGUAUUGGGCUAAUAAAUCAUUCUCUGUACACCACUAAGAUUUCUCCUUCAUUGCGUCUCGUGUUUGGUGCCCUCCCAUCUUUCUUUCCCUGGCUUUCAUCUUAAGGAAAUAUAUGCCAUGCUAUAUAGUUGACUGACUGUUUAGAAUAUUUCUUUAGGGCAAAAACAUUUGUAUUUGCAUCAUUAUGCAUUAUUUAUUGUAAGCUGCUUUGAGUCUCUGUAGGAAAAUUGGGAUUAAAAAAUAUAUUCAAAACUGUAACAGUCAUAAUCCUCUUCAAAAUUUUCUUAAAAGUAUUAAUUGACUUUGAGGAUAUUGCAAUAGAUCGUUGGGGAAGAGAGAUCUCUAUCUGUGAUUUGCGUGUAUGUAAUGUUCAGUGUUCAAAAUUCAGUCAGUAAGUCUUUCUUUUCCUUUUUGUAUUUACAGCCUUCCAUUCAUUGAAUGGACCCAGGGUGGGUAGCGAUUAUCUGGUGGAUUACAUUGAAGUAGUAAAAUGAAACCAUUAAACAACCAAUGAGGGAGUGAGAAAACACCAGCACAAAAUAGCAACUCCACCAGUGUUGUGGGAAAGUGGUGUAUCUUGACUGAUAGUAAAAAAUAAAAAAAUAAAAAAACUUACAAUGGUGGCUCAAGAUGGGCCCCAGAAUGAAGGUCAUCUAUGACAAGGGGGCCACCACAAAGAAUGCCCUCUCAUGUGUUACCACCUCUCAAACCUCACAGGGCCUUCCCUGUUGAUCUUAGUAUCUAAGCAGGUUGAUGUGGUUGAACGUUGAUGUCAGGAGUCCAAUCCCCGGCUUGAUAACACAGUGAGCGUAGUUAUGUAAAAAUGAUGCUUUAUUGUCAAAACAAACAUCUGUUAAAUGUUUGUUUACAAUAAAGCAUCCUUUUUAUCUAACUCCGGAUGGCUCUAACACAUCCUCCACCAUCAUCAAUCAAGAUGACCCUUCUGAAGACUGCUUCCGGCGUGUACCAGAAGCAACUGAGCUUUUGCUUCUUAUGUCUUUUGCUUCCUGUCUAACAACUCUCCCUUUAACCCACUCUUAAGAGGGAUUGGCUCAGCUCCAAUCUCUUCCCAUUCUGACAAACUGCUUCCCUCUGUUCUUGCCAGUUUGCACUUCUCGAGAACGUGGGCUGAUUCUGAGGGGCGGGGGAGUUGGCACUAGCCGAUGCUCAUCCUGCCUGGCAGUUAAUCCUCUCUGUUCCUGGCUGCUUUCUUCAGCUGGUUGCAAACAGUCUCUGGGAGCUGGCUCAUUCAUGACAGUUGAUAAUCACAGACAAAUUUUGUGAGGGCCAGCAAUUGCUGAUGUCUCUGAUUAGUAGCAGUCAUCACUGUCGUUCAUCUGUGUGUAUCCAUCCCAUUUAGACGAUCAUCAGCAUCCAGUUGUGACACAAGUGACCUGCAACAGUGCUAGGAAGAUGUUCUUGAAAUUCCGGGAAGUCAAUGUGACACUUAAAGGGUGAAGACAGAUGUGAUACUUAACAUGACGUCACAGAUCGUCAGCCAUGGUCCUUCUCUCUCCCAGCAUCACAACCUAUGAGGCAGAUGCAUUUUUUAUCAGCUCAAAUGGUAGAUCAGUUGCUCCUCCUCCUACUGCAGUGGGUCGGGGGGGGUGGGGUACCUGCUUCCUGAUGUUAUAAAAACCAGGUGUGCAUUUACCCAUUUGCCUUUUGGGGGGAGGACUGCAACAUUUUCAAAACUACUCUGGGUGCGUUUGAGUCAGCUGCUUCUUUGUGUAUAAAUAUAGUAGUUGUUACGGCAGGUGGUGCCUCUGGCUGCACAGGGAGUUAUAGAGACCUUCCUUGAUGUCCACACGGUCUGCCCACCCCUCCCUUCCUGAAAGUAGACUUGAAACAAGCAUUGAAUUGUAUCCAACAGCAAUAGGUUGCAGUGCUCAUGAGAAUUCCUCCAGUGCCCAUGGACCCAAAAAGAUAAGCAACCCUGUAUUGUGGUAUAACAAUGCAGCUAAGUUAUUAUGAAGGUAUAUUUAAUUCUGAUGUAUUUGCAUAGGGUGUGUAUGUGUGUAAGUAUACAGUUUUAGAAGUAAAAAGCCCUUCGGGGGCCACGAUGGGAAAAGGUGCUAUGCAGCACACAGUUGCUAGCCAGUCAGCACUGUUCACUGUGGUUUGCUGCAAACUUUUCACUGUGGUUUGCUGCAAAUUCUUUUUCCCCCCCUCCAGAGCUCAGUCUUGGAGAGGAAAGGAUAUAUUCAUAGCAAGCUUGGUGUAGACGCUUCUAUACUUAUCCCACAGCUUAGCAAAUGCUCAAAGGUUUCAAUACAGAUAUGAUAUACCCUACCCACAAUUCAGGAUAGGUCUGGAUUGGGACGGGGAAGCAUACAAUUAAAAAAUUCAGGUGCCUUAUACUCUGGCAUAGAAGGCUGCCUAUUGUGAACACUGCUUCUGUGUUGUUGUUUUUUUAAGUGUACACCUUUUGAAGUGUAUAGUGAGCCUUCGCAAAAAAGCAGAUCAGAAAUGGGGAGCAGGGGGGAGAGGAAUCUAUGAAUGCAUAAAACAGCAGCUUUAAUCUCGAGUGUGAUUGACAUCAAACAAAAGUGAGGAAAACUCCCUUUGUUCUCGGCCAUAAAGGCUGUGUGUGUUUGUUUGUUCAGUGUGAAUGAGUUCCCCCAUGAAGUCCAAGGGAAGAUUUUUAAUGAAGUUGGCAGUCGCCAAGUUGUCUCCUCCAUGGAAUAAUUCCAACGACAGAGUCAUCGCGUACAAUUUAACUGAGGAUGACAUGAGAAAUUUCUGCUUGGGAGAGAAUGUGGUGUAGCAAGGAGGGGCAUUAUUACCCUACAAAAUUGUGCACUCUUAAGGCCCACAUAGAAAGGAAGGGAGUUCAUGUCCCCCCAAAAGCUUUUAUUUUGUGUUUGACCAUGAUGGGUUUAAAUUUAUGAGCUCUGGCAACUGAUGUGGUUGCCAGUUAUUAACCACAUCUUUAUCUGGCCCAUCUUCCAAGAAAUUCAGGGUGGAGCCUUCAUAUGGUUUCAGUAAAUGUGUGUUUAAUGAGAGACAAAUGAAUAUCCUCUGGGUAGUAAAUAGGGGUGGGGGAGAAAUUCUAUUCAGUUCACAUUUAAAGACAAGCUUACCUUACCCUUCCUUUCUGAAACAUCCUGCAGACCAAACUACAGCCAGCUUUCAAACAUUCGCACCUCCUUGAAUUUUGCAGUGUCAUUCUCCAACCUAGUAUUGUGUACAAAAAUGCAAAUAUUGGGAUAAAGUGUGCUUUAAGAUGCAUAUAUGAGUGAAAAUUCCAUACAGAAAUGCAUAAUAUCAGGGAAUAUGUUUUGCAAUAGUGGGUAUAUUAGGAAGAGAAAUUCCUUAAAAUGUGCAUAUUCUGCGAAAUUUGCACUAGAAUACUGAUGAAAUUUCAAGAGGACUCUAAAAUAAUAAUAAUUCACAAACAGACAUGGAAAUGCAGGGAAUUGAAUAUAAGAUUGGGAGGGGAAAUGAGAAACGGAAAGUACCAAAAAUUUCUCUUCUGUAGUUAUAGGCCAUAUGUUGUUUCUUUAGGGGUAUCCAGGCUGCAACAGAAAAAAAUAACAGAGGUUUGGGGCACCUUAAAGAGUAGCAGAUUUAUUCUUUCCUUGCUGCUUGUUUUGAUUUCAGUACGGGUGACAUUUUUUGAAACGUUUGCCUGUUAAGUUUGUCCUGUAUAUUCCUGCAGGUCUCCUCAGCUUCAUUUUCAUUCACCUUGUGCCGGCUAGCUGUUAUCCCAUUGAAUAUAUUUUGUGAACUAGAAAAACAUGGCUGGCAUGGAUAAUGAGAAGUCAAAAAUCGCAGUAUCCUGCUCAUACCUUUCGAAAUCUCUUGACACCCAAGCAGCAGAAACAUCCAUGUGUUGCUUGGCAUUGAUAUGCAAAACUCCACUGAGGGUGCCGAAUAGUGAUGGUGAUCUCACUGGCUGCUGGGUGACUUUAAAUUCACAAAGCAGGUUGACUUCUACUCAUUCCUCCUCUAUGGGUUUAGUUCUGUUUGAAAUGCGAGUGGAGCUGACAAGGGAAGGAUGGUUAACCUGUGGCCCUCCAGAUAGUGUUGGACUCUCAACUCCCAUCCGCCUCAGACAAAAUAACCUGGCAAUGGUCAGAGGUGAUGGGAGUUGUAGUCCAACAACAUUUAGAGGGACACAUGUUAGCCACCCUGGCAUAGAGCUACCUUUGAAGGGCUACCUAACUCACACUUUAAAAACAACAACACCAUGAACCGAAACACAGCCAUCUUCCAAAAUUCAGACUUCUCUGAAUUUUGCAAUGUAGUUCUUCAGCCGCAUACUAUAUACACAAAAGCUGUAUAUACUGGGGUUAAGUAUGCAUACAUUAGUGGGGGAAAUCAUGCAAAAAUGCAUUAUAUAUGGGGAAAUUGCUCUGCAAAAAUGUGCACGUUAGAUACAACUGCGUGCAAAAUGUAUAUAUUCAAGAAAUUUGCAGUGGAAUUCUGAAGUAUUGUCAUAAGGUCUUCUUCUUUAAAAAAUCACAAAUUUGUAAAAAUGUGGAGUGCUGAACUGGGGAAAACCCCUAAAAUUAACAUAUUUUCCCACCCUUAUCUGUGUUCAAGUUAAAAAUUCAUUAGAAGACUGGAUUAUAGAUAUUUAGCUUUGAAUAAACAGGGUGACAUUAUUUGGAGGGGCAAUUUCGCUCAGAACAAUGUACCGUAUUGGCCCAAAUAUAAGCCACACCUUUAAAAUUCAAAGGGGGGGGAAGAGAGAGACAAAGACAAUACCCGAAUAUAAGGCACUCACUUAAAAUUCCACAGGCAUUCACACCUGUUCCGUUUUACUGUAUGUCUGUUUCAGCAGCAAUAUCGUAAAAGCCCAUUUUUUGUAAGGUCGCGAAUUUAAGCCACACUUCAACUUUUCACAGUCAGAAUUUGGAAGAGAGAGAAAAGGCAGCUUAUAUUCUGGCCAAUAUGGUACAAGGUUUGUUAACAGGCAACUGGGAAUCUAAAGAAACCAGUGGUGCAGGUGGAUUACUCUUAUCAUCAUCAUCAUCAUCAUCACCACCACCAUCAUCACCACCACCACCACCACCAUCAUUUAUUUUAUUAUCAUUAACAGACUACUAAUUCUGGGCAACAGAGAAAACUGUGGGACUCUGAAUGCCUUCCUCUUACCCUUUGUCCUCCCUAUCUUGACAUCAGGUGCUGGAUGGGUUUUUACAAGCGUGCCCUAAAACUAAUAACGAUUUAUAUCCAACUUAUUGAGCAAACAGCGGAAGUAUCUUUUUAACACUGUUAGCGAAAAUAACCAAUUUCGGGUUUGCAUGCAAAGCUGCUCAGGCCAAUUAGCGUGAAAUUUAAUUUGCAUUAAUCACCAUGAGGUCAGCAAGAAAUUAACUUGAGGUGUGUGUGGAUUUCACAGAGAUGCUGUAAACGCAGUGGGGGCAGAUCUGUUUGUUGAGGGACUCGAGUGUGUUCUGUCCCCAUUAAGAACUUCCAACCUGCUGGAUCGGGCCAAUGUCCUGUCUUGCCCAGCAUCCUGUUCUCAGAAAGGCCAACCAGAAGCCUGUGGGAACCUAGGAAGGUGGAGCAGAGCACAAAAGUACUCCUGUGGUUUGCAGGAACUAAUAUUCAGGGACAUACUUCCCCCAACAGUGGGGGGAGACUAUAGCCAUUGUGGCUAGCAGCCAUUGAGAGCCACAUGCUCCAUAAAUUUGUCUAAUCCUCCAAGCUAGUGGCCACCAAUUGUCAAGGACUGGGCAGAGGAGGAAUGGUGGAGACCGCCUCCCCAGCCUGACCCUUCCAGAGAAGAAGAAGUAGAAGAAGAAGAAGAAGAAGAAGAAGAAGAAGAAGAAGAAGAAGAAGAAGAAGAAGAAGAAGAAGAAGAAGAAGACUGUUCAGAAUUACAACAGGAGUUUGGGGGAGAUCACAGCUCAGGGGAAGAUGAGGGGAGAAGUUGGGAAAUAAUGGGAAAGGAGGAGGAGGCAGAGCUGGAGCAGCUGGCUGGCAUGUUAUCACUAAAAACCAUUCCAGCCCCACCAUCUCCCAGAACCCGUUGAGCCUUAAAAGUAGGAGAGCAAAGAGCUCAGAAGCAAAGGGCCCUCAGCGCCUCCCCCGUAGAAGGGAUGACGAAUGAGAAAGUGGGAGAGAAGGGGAGGGGAGAUUUACUCGGACCAACACCAUUAUUCCAAGAGGCUUCAUUUCUAAGCCUCUAUCUGUAAAUAUUGAAUAAGUAUUGAAUAAAACGCAGUUGGUGAGAACUUUCCCUUGCCUUGUCCAUUCCUGGCAACCUGCCGUGGGGGUUGGUUCCUCUGCUGCCUGCUGCCAAUGAUCCUUGUGGGGGUAAAAACUUUUCUCUAUCCUCGUAAUUCAUGCCAUGUGUGAUUUUAUACACAUCUAUUAAGUCACUUCUUGUUCUUUAUUUCUUGUAAACUCUAAAUUCCAAAAUGCUGCAACCUUUUUUUUUUCCUGAUCAUUUUUGUUGCUCCUUCUGGAACCUUUUUGAAUUCUGCAAUAUCCUUUUCCAGGUGAGGCAGCCAGAAACGUACUCCUUAUGUAGUCACACUGUAGAUUUGCGCAACGGCAUUAUGAGGUCAGCAGUUUUAUUUUCAAUUCCUUUCCUGGAAUGGAAUUUGAGUUUUUUUAUGGUCACAGUGGAUCGACAUCUUCAUGGAGUUAUUCCGCUACAGCCCCAAGGUCUCAUCGCUCACCACCAGUUCAGACCCCUGGAACAUGAAUAUGAAAUUCAUAAUUUAUUGGCCCCUACAAGCAUCACUAUACUCUUGUUUGUGUUUGAUUGCAUGUGCCAUUUUACUGCCCAGUCGCUCAGUUUGGAGAUGCCCUUUUGGAACUCUUCUUAAUCCUUUUUGUUUUAAUGACCCUGAGCAGUUUAGUAUGAUCAUCAAACUUGGCUACGUCCCUGUUCACCCCUAACUCUAUAUCAUUUAUGAACACCUUAAAAAGCACAGGUCUCAAUACUAAUCCUUGGGGGACUCCAGUGUCAACACUUCUUCAUUCAGAGAACUGUCCGUCGUCGUCGUCUGCCCACUCUUUGCUUCCUGCCACAAUUCCUGAUCCACAAGAUGAUCUCUCCUCCUAUUCCAAGACUGCCAAGCUCACUAAGGAGUCUUUGGCGAGGUACUUUGUCGAAAGCUUUUUGAAAGUCCGAAUUCACUAUUUUAUCUGGCUUACCAAUACCCUCUGGAGCGCAAAUUGUCAUGAAUUCACACUGAAAAGGACGCCUGGAGGGGCCCCUCAGACUAGUAAACCUCCGCCACGUUCCCCAAGUAAGAACAAAGCUGACGGAGGAUUUUCCACUGUUGGGUUCACUGAACUCUCCCAACAGAAGUUCCAUUGAUUUUCCUAGCGAAACCCAAAGGGUCUUGUAGCGAAGCAAUUUUUUCCCCUCUUUUCUGAAAGAGAACCAUUGUGCUGAUUGCUGGCAAUGCUGAUGGGCUUUUGCCCUGUUUUUGAACUGUGGAAGCUGUACCAUUGCCAGGGCUUGGCAAUGCUUUUCUUUAGAUGUUCUAACUGGGGUUCUUGAGUGGGGAGAGUCCAGACCUGAUCCCUGAGAUUGCAUGGAGAUGGGAAUGGCCCAACCAGAUGGCCAUUUCCCCCUGGCUCCAUGAAGCCUCAUCAAAUAUAUCAAUCAGGAUCUGUCCACGGUAAGCAGAAUUUAGAUAAGCAUUUGCAAGUUGGAUAGAAUAGAGACAUUUCUCUAUUGCACGCUGCUUGUGGCAUGUGUGCUCCAGGCAGAGGUAUGGAUUUGAAUGUACAUGAUCCAUGCAAAUCCAGCAUAAGAAGCGUGCUGCUGAAUCAAAAACAGAGUUCUGCCUCCUCUAUUUGUUACUUAUUUAUUUCAUAAAAUUUAUACACGGCUUGAUUGUUAAAAACCUCAAAGCGGGUCACAAAAAGUGCAGGUUCCUCUGCUGAGCACAACUCGCCUUCCAAAGCCCGCUCACCUCUCCACCCCAUGCAAGAAGUUUCUAUGAGGGCCUGUGGUCCCCCCCCCAAAAAAAAAUUGUUGUGGGGGCAAAGGGACCUGGGCCCCAUAUCACUGGUACCUGUGAUACACAGCAAGCGUGGGUAGCGCAUAGGGGAGGAAAAGUUGGAAAUACUUACGGUGCGACCAGGAGUUCUUGCACCGGCUUCCAUUAGUGCGCUUGGGUUUGUUUAACCUGGCCUGUAAUUGUUGCGUUGUUGAGGGCAAGCCAUGGAAAUUAACAUGUUAGCAAAGAGGAGUGAAAAAUUGCCUAAGGUGGGCGAGGAGAGCAUUUUCCAGGAAAAGCAAAAUGGUAGCUAGGACUGGCUCAUCUCUGCUUGGAAGGAGUCCUUGCUACAAUCUUUAUUGUCAGUUAAGAGAGGGGGGGGUGUCAGUAUUUCCCCAAAUCACAAUAUAGAGUCACAUUGUAUUGAACUGAUACAGAGCAGUACAGAGGGAGUGGCUCACUAGGGGUUAAAAAACAAUGGCAAGCUUUUUUUUUUUACCUUUCUUCUGGUUCCCUGCCCCCUCCCUCCCUUUUUCUGGGCUCAUAGAUUCCAUAAAACCACUCAGCUUGGAAUGUAUUGGGAAUGAGGGGGAAGAAGAAGACCUCAUGCUGUGAGUCCCAAAUCUCAAAAAAGAACUUUCAGCUUCCAGCCCCCCCCUGAGUGUGCAAAAGUUCUAUCUGGCUGGCAUCAUUAAAAUGCUUGUGAAACAACUGAUGGUUUAUUGGGAGUAUGCAAAUGAGACUUUUGUAUGUUCCCCCUUCCACCAAAAGGGGAGAGAUGCCGCUUUAAACAAACAAACACACACACACACACACACCAAACCUGAUCUCCUGUGUCUGUCUCCCCCCCCCCCACCCGGUCCUUUCUCUCAUUUUGGGAAAGGGUCUUACAUUUCUUUCUCCUUUUCUCAUGGUAAUUAGAACAAGAACCUAACACCAGCCAGGGAAGAGCGAGCGCAAACAAGACCCCUAUAGGCAGCCUAGUGCAUUAAUGUAAAAUAUGCCCAGAGAACAUAACUUGUCAGAGAGGAUUAUUUCUGUUCAGUGAAUCUACAGGGGCCCCCUUUGCACCGCCACUCAGCGUCUGGCGAGAGACAGAAAGAGAGAGAGAGAGAGAGUAGCCAUUAGUGGGUAGCUACUGUGGCAUUGAUGUUUGAGCGCACUUCUGAACCGGCUUUUGUUGCAAAUAUCGGUGCAGAAAGCAUGCGCUGUCCGAAAUCCGCUGUUACUAUGAGAAGUGAGGAGCUUCUUUUAAGUAACGGCACAGCUAACAAGAUGAAUGGAGCUUUGGAUCACUCAGAUCAGCCAGACCCAGAUGCCAUUAAGAUGUUUGUCGGACAGAUCCCCCGUUCGUGGUCAGAAAAGGAGCUAAAGGAACUUUUUGAGCCUUACGGAGCUGUCUACCAGAUCAACGUCCUCCGAGAUCGGAGCCAGAAUCCUCCCCAAAGCAAAGGUUGUUGUUUCGUAACGUUUUAUACAAGAAAAGCUGCGCUUGAGGCACAGAAUGCACUGCACAACAUUAAAACCUUACCUGGGAUGCAUCAUCCCAUUCAGAUGAAACCGGCAGAUAGUGAAAAAUCCAACGCUGUGGAAGACAGAAAAUUGUUCAUAGGAAUGGUUUCGAAGAAGUGUAACGAGAACGAUAUCAGGGUGAUGUUUUCUCCAUUUGGCCAGAUAGAAGAAUGCCGAAUCCUUCGGGGACCAGAUGGGCUGAGCAGAGUGCACAGCCUCAAUAUGGAGUCUAGCCGAGGCUGUGCAUUUGUUACGUUUUCGACAAGGGCAAUGGCACAGAAUGCAAUCAAAGCCAUGCACCAGUCUCAGACCAUGGAGGGCUGUUCUUCACCAAUAGUCGUGAAAUUUGCUGAUACCCAAAAGGACAAGGAGCAGAGACGUUUACAACAGCAGCUGGCGCAACAAAUGCAACAGCUCAACACUGCCACCUGGGGGAAUCUCACAGGUCUUGGAGGACUUACGCCACAGUACCUGGCUAGAUUAGACAUUAAUAUGGAUUUACAGCAUCGACUCUGGGGACCUUCAUUUCAACACCAGGCAGAAGCAAGAGACUGUAUAAAUCUUCUGCAGCAGGCAACCUCCUCCAGUAACUUGGGUGCCUUCAGUGGCAUUCAACAAAUGGCUGGAAUGAAUGCUUUACAGCUACAGAAUUUGGCAACUCUAGCAGCCGCAGCUGCCGCCGCCCAAACCUCAGCUACCACCACCAAUGCAAAUCCUCUCUCCACAACAACUGGUGCCCUUGGCGCACUCACGAGUCCAGCAUUUGGGAGUCCGCUGCAGUUGCCUUCCAGCCACAAAGGGCUCCUUUACCUGCCCGUAUCCCCCAAACUGACAAAUACCUGCCUGGAAGAUGAAAUGAGAGUGAGGACCUUUCUAGCAGACGUGGCUGCAUCAACAGCAAAUUCCACAGCUGGAGCGGCCAUGAAUUCCUUGACUUCUCUGGGGACUCUCCAAGGACUGGCGGGAGCCACUGUUGGAUUGAAUAAUAUUAAUGCACUAGCAGGUACCGUAAACAGUAUGGCCGCCCUGAACGGAGGACUCGGUGCAACUGGCUUGACGAAUGGUACAGCUGGCACAAUGGAUGCCCUCACCCAAGCCUACUCAGGGAUUCAGCAGUAUGCCGCGGCGGCACUGCCGACAUUGUACAGUCAAAGCUUGUUACAACAACAAAGUGCUGCGGGCAGCCAGAAGGAAGGUCCAGAAGGAGCAAACCUCUUCAUUUAUCACCUCCCACAGGAGUUUGGAGACCAGGACAUUCUGCAAAUGUUCAUGCCUUUUGGAAAUGUCAUUUCUGCUAAAGUCUUCAUUGACAAACAGACCAAUCUGAGCAAGUGCUUUGGUUUCGUUAGCUAUGACAAUCCUGUCUCUGCGCAAGCUGCUAUACAGGCUAUGAACGGCUUUCAGAUUGGAAUGAAACGCUUGAAAGUUCAGCUGAAGCGCUCCAAAAACGACAGCAAACCUUACUGAUCAUUACCCCAGAAGCUUACUGCUAUUAAUUUAGAUUUCUUAGGACAUCUUCAUGCUCGUUAGCUCAUCGUUUGCCUAGCAUGUCCCUGUGGCGUCUAAAAAAAAAAAAAGUUUCAUCGUCCAGUCAUUGUUUCUGAUGUCUUUCUGACCUCACAUCAUAAUUUGGUUCUCCUACUGACCUAUAGUUUGAACCUUUGAAAUUUGCAUGUGACCUCAUCUAGCUAUACGAAUUCUGGGAAGUCAAUGUGAAAAGCAUUGCUGCAUUUAUGCAAGAUCAAAAUUUAUUACUAGUCAAAUUAUUAAUAAUAGGAUUAUUUAAAAAAAACAAAAAGACACACACACACAACCUGUGGCAAAAUGUCUUGUUAGGGUUUUUUAGUUGUUCCUUUUUUUCCUUUUUUUCCCUUUUCUUUUUGUGUUCAAAUAAUAAAUAAAAAAAACCAGACUUGAAAGUAUUAUACAGAGAUUGGCAUUCUGGCUGGUCAUUGAUGACAAUAGCAAUAUGUGCCCAGAGACAGAAUGUUGGUUUCUAACAGACUACUUCCAAAACAGUUUGAAAUGAAGAACUGUCUGAUUUUAAGUCUCUAGAGGUCUGUAAUAGUUUUUACAUUUUUCAGGCAGUGUAAAGUUUUUUGAUAAGGCCAUUUUAGGUGGCUCACUUUCUCAUUAAGAAUAUAUAUAUAGAACCACUUUUUGUAGAUUAGUAUAACAAAAAAAAUUUACCCUGUUUUAGGGCAAAUGCUACCUAUUUCCGUCACCUUUUGCUGAACUGACUCACAAGUUAGACAAUCCAUGAAUUAAUGCACAUGAAAAUUACCUAUAUUUUAUACUGUUUCAAUGUACAGGAGAAAGGCUACUGUUAGCUGUUGUUCCAUUGGUGCUUCUGUGAAUUAAGUUGUGGUUUCAUCAUGGGUCUUAUGGUCUUUAAGUGUUCUGUGUUUAUAAGCAACAGGUUUGAAAUUGGUUUUUACUUGAACAAUAUCAACAACAGAACAAAAAAAAAACGAAUUUCAAAAAACGGAAAAAGUUGUUUGCUUAAAAUUUAAAAAAAAAAAAGUUUUCAUGUGGAAAAUAAAACUAUUCCAGACUAAGUUUGUGUUGGCUUCUGUGACGCAUUGGUGUCAAUUUUUUUUUAAAUUAUUAUUGUGGACAAUUUAGAUGUGUUUGUGUUCAGCAAAAUGUGAUCAGUUUUUUUUUCUUUUAAAGAAAUAAUAAUAAUAAAAAGAAAUCAGUGAAAAAAUCUUCAGUGCCAAAUUCCAAAGGUACUUUUCUUCCUAGAGCUUCAGUGUGUUUCUUGUGUGAAGUAAUUUGAUAACAUGGGUAUUUUACUAUGUGUUUUGUAUGAAUCCCUAAUAUUUAAAGGAAAAAGAGGUUAAAAAGUUUGUUAACUUGCUAUCCUGUGGUCUUGUUGCCUGAAGUUGUUGUUGUUUGUUAUUUCUCUUGGAUGUUUUUUGUAAAACAUUGUAUAAGUGCCCAUGUUUCACUUUUCUAACCACUCUGCACAUCAACGCUGUGAAAGCAAACCUCACAAUGUAAUUUCUUCAUAAUGUAUGGAAACCUCUAAGGUGAGAAAGUUUUGAACUUUUAACCCUUUCCACCCAGAGCUGUCUUGAGUGUUAAUACUUUUAUACAUUCACCAUUUUGCUGUUUAUUUUUAUAUAUACAUAUAUAUACAUAUAUCUAUAGCUAUAAAUAUAUAUAUACUUACUUUUUGUGGUUUAUUUAAUACAUGGUUGAAAUCAGAAAAAUGCACAGGGCAGAUCUGAAGGACAAAAGAAUAAUAAUAAUAAUAAUAUUUUACUGCUGUCUAAAUUUCUUCUGUAUCUAUAACUAAAAAAAAUAUUUAAAAAUAGUAACUGUAGAUCUCCUUUUUAGGCCUUUGGGGUUUUUUGUUUUUUGUUUUUUUGUCUUUUCUUAAAAGAGCUUUUAAUAUGCUGCUGGAAUUUGCUAUUCAGUAUUAAUAAAAUAAAAUAAAAUAAAUUCUUUAAUUAUGUAUUGUAUGACCACUCCUAGGUAGGAGAAGUAAACCCACCAUUUGAAAUCAUUAAGAAAAAAAAUAUUUUUGUAAUGAAAUAAAAUAAACUUUUGCUUAAAUCCAAUGCACUAAAACUUCCUGGAUGAAACUUCAUUGUGCACUGCAGAUAACUUAAUUUCAUGAAUGAGGUUUACACAUGUCGUAAAUGCUUUGAUGUGUUAUCUGCCUGAAUUGUCUGUCAUAUAUUGGUGCAGGUUUAACGGAUACAAAGUAGGCGAGGCAAUACCGUUUGCUAACCUGAUUUCUGUUGAUCGUGGAACGUGCAAACUUUUGAAUUGCUGCAAAACUCUUUGAAAGGGAGAAGGGAGAAACCUUGCUGCCUUGGCAACAAAGCAGGCACAUGAACCACCCACUUUCAUGGGCUCAGAGGUUUCCACAGCUCCAGAAAACAAGCUGUUUGCACUCUUAGUGCAGGUAGCCUGGACUGGAUCAUGUCUGUUAGAUCUAUGUAUUGGAAAGGAGGGGGUCUGUAUCCAGAAAGGCAUGACAGAAAUAAUUGUAAUAAAUAGGUAACAGGGCAUUCCGUUCAACCCCUCAACCCGGAAUUACGGAAGCCAUCCUGGCUUCUGAUUGGAUCUUGGAAUGUCCUGGGGUUUUUUGGUCCAGCAUUCUGGCACAAGUUCAGCUGGCUCCCGCGAGAACUCGAGACCAAAAAACGAGCCUUUUGAUUUUGAGCUGCGGGAUGUUGGAGGGUACGAUGGUACACACCUAACCAGCAGGGUUACACACCUAACCAGCAGGAGAGAAGGAAAAGGGGCUCAGUUAUGGCCAGAUGCGUGUACUAAUCAGCCAGUGCAUAUAUAGUAUCCAAGCAAAGCACAACACUUUAAAACGUGGUGUCCCAAGAGGUGCGCCGAAACCCGCCUCGUCCCAAAAUGCCUUGGCCGCAGACCAAAACAACCCUCAAACCCAGCAUCCCCAAACUGCGGCCCUCCAGAUGUUUUGGCCUACAACUCCCAUGAUCCCUAGCAAACAGGACCAGUGGUCGGGGAAGAUGGGAAUUGUAGUCCAAAACAUCUGGAGGGCCGAAGUUUGGGGGUGCCUGCCUUAAACCAUCUCCAGGUAUCCAGCAGUACUUCUGCCUUGCUCUGAAGUUAUUUAUUUUCAUACCAUGCAAGCACAACUGGGGGAAGGUAAGCACUUCAGAUUUUCUUUUAACAAGAGUCUCUCCCCUUCCCACCCGGCAUGGCAUAUCACUUUUUGAACUCAGGGGAGUCGGCUCGGAAAGUGUCCGGGGGGGGGGGGAGCGGUGGUUCAGAACAAGGUCAGAAGUUCUGCUAGACAAAUGGAAGCCUCUGGCCAUGCCUGGAUGCUAAGCUUGUGGGUUUCUAAUCGGUCAGAGGCAUUGCCCUGGCGUCAAGCAGGCACGUCACAGUCACACUUCGCACUGCAGUCAUGUUUCACAUGCCACAUCUAUAUGCUGGUGUUUGCAAAUGCACCCGGGAGCUAAUGUCAAUUAGGUCUUCUCCGUGCACGUACUCCAUAGACGACAGGUUUGCUGUCAGGCACGGUGCUAGGGCUUUUUGUGCCCUAGGCUAAAUUACCUUCUGGCGCCUCCCCCCGGCACAUGCGUCAUGACGUGUGCGUCGUGCGUCCCCUCGAUAGGCGGGAGGGCGCUGAGCUCUCAUUUCGGCUCGCGCGCCUCCCGCCUAUGGAGGGGACGCUGUGAGCUCUUCAGCGGCCAAGGCUUCAGAUACAGGCGCUGCUGCCGCCGCCACCGCUCCCUCGUUGCUCCCGGCGCAGGCGGCAGCAUGGGCGGCCGGCGGGCAGGCUUGACAGCGCCCCCUCCAUUUCGGCGCCCUAGGCCAAGGCCUAGUUUGCCUUAAUGGAGGCGCUGGCCCUGUUUGCUGCAUCCAUGCUGGUGUUCCACACAAUGAGCAUGCGAAGUGUGAAGAGCAGGCAAACAUUCCUGAGCAUGCAAAGGCCAUAUAGAAAGCAGCUACAGCUAAUCAAAGCUUCCUGGCUUGUGUCCUUAACAGUGCAGUAUAGGACAGGCUUCCUCAACCUCGGCCCCCCAGGUGUUUUGUGACUACAAUUCCCAUCCUCCCUGACCACUGGUCCUGCUAGCUAGGGAUCAUGGGCGUUGUAGGCCAAAAACACCUGGAGGGCCGUGGUUGAGGAAGUCUGGUAUAGGACUUCCUACCCGCCCUUAACACGUUACGUAUUUGAUUUAGUGCCGUGGCGAGCACAGGUGGCGGGUUUUUUCUGUGUACCUCUCUGAAAUGAAAUGUUGCAUUUGCAAUCCACUUCACUCUCUGCUUGCCUAACUAAUAGCCGCAGCGUUCCAUUUUGCUAGAUGGAAGUGUUCUGUGUAACUCAGAAGCUUGCAUGCUGCAUCAACAGAAAAUGGUCCAGUGUAAAGGGAUCUUUGCCUUAUCUAUUUUGUAUCUCUUAUUCUCUGUCGCGACAAUAUACGGGCACAGCCCUGCAAACAUUCGCUAUGGAGAAACCGUUUUCGUAGAGAGAAGAGAGGGAUUCUGCGAAUCCUGAGUGUUUGCAGGAAAGAGUCCAGGAAACUGAAAACAGAAGAAAAGAUGCUGAUAACAUCCUUCACGGCUUUUUUUUAUUUUUACUUUGGAUCGGAUAACAUUCCUACUCCUAAACCAAAUUUGGGUCUUCUAUUCUGGCAGAUCAUCCCCUUUCCAGGCCAAAACAUUUCAGCAGCCCCGUAAGCUACUGAUAAAAGUGCCAUAAUCAAUCCCCCAUUGUUUGUUCCUACUUCAGUCAAACCUUCCCUUACCUGCCCCCUUCCCCUAAAAUCCCCCUUGUAAAGUAUCUUUUAAAAAUACAAAAUAAUGAUUACACAACCCUUCUUUGCUUUCAAAUGAUUGUUUUAUAGAGAAGCCCUGGGAUAGAAAGGACUAGAAUCCAA